GAUUUUAAUGGAGUUUUAGAGGAAACCAUUAAAAUCAAGAAAGCUUCCAAAAGGAUAAAACAUCAAUGGAGAUUUCAACAAACCCACCAUCAUCUUCUUCAUCAUCUGCUUCAUCUUCCAUUAUCAAUGGAUCUUUACAUCAUCACAUCAUAACUAGAUCUGAUCAUUAUCCAACAACUUUUGUUCAAGCAGACACUUCUUCUUUCAAACAAGUCGUUCAGAUGCUAACCGGAAGCUCUUCCCCGAGAUCUCCUGACUCGCCGCGUCCUCCGACGACUCCUUCCGGUAAGGGUAAUUUCGUGAUUCCACCGAUCAAAACCGCACAACCGAAGAAACAUUCUGGUAACAAACUUUACGAGAGGAGAUCACACGGCGGAUUUAACAACAACCUCAAGAACAGUCUCAUGAUUAACACACUCAUGAUCGGUGGUGGUGCCGGAAGUCCAAGAUUCUCGCCGAGAAAUCAGGAGAUUUUGUCGCCUAGCUGUCUUGAUUUUCCCAAGCUUGCACUUAACAGUCCCGUGACGCCGUUAAAGCAGGGAAACAACGGCGAUCCUUUCGACAAGAUGUCGCCAUUAUCGGAGGAAGAGAGAGCUAUCGCUGACAAGGGUUAUUACCUGCACCAGUCUCCGAUUUCAACUCCGAGAGAAUCGGAGCCGCAGCUUUUGCCUCUGUUCCCGGUGACUUCUCCGAGAUUAUCACCGGAGAAGUAAACUGAGAAACUGUUUAUAAAUUUUUACUGCGACUGUAAUUUUCGUUUCUUUAACUUUGCUCUGCUUUUAAUAUAUCUUUAUCCCCUGU